UGGCUCGAGCGAAGGCUCCCUUCAGCUUGAUCGGGCGGCGUAGCAGACCCCUCUAUCCGCCGGUAGCGUAACUACAGUGCUCUGCGGUCACGCCGCGGGCGGCUGAGCCGCCCGCGGACGGCCUCGGCCCGCCCCCCCCCCUCCGCGAUUCCAUGUCCGCGGCCUCUCGGCCGCGGCGCCGCGCGGCGGCCCCCCUCGCCGCCGCCUGCCGCUGCCUCCUGCUCGCGGCGCCGGCGAGCGCGGUGCACCAGCCGUCACCCGCUGGAGGCCUCGAGCUCGGGCAGUUCCGGGGCUCCGCCCUCUCGAGGCAGCUGUUUGCUCGCGCCGUGGCCGAAGAUGCUACGGCGCUGAGCGGAGAUGAGAAGUUGCUGGAGCCCAUGGACAACGACACAGUCACGGCUGACUACUGGAGUAAGGUGGACCGCGCCAUCUUGAACGCAAGCACUCAGUUGGCGCCGGCGGCGACCGCACAAGAUUCGUUAGCCGCUGCCCCCGCCGAAAAGUACGAGGAGGUGGUGGUGUUUCAUCCGUCCGUGCAUUCCACCUAUCAGAACGUAGAUAUUCCCGACAAGCUUCCCAAGGAAGGACAGUCUUCUUAUGACUGGAGCAGCCCGCUGCCAGCCUUCAGGACGCACUUAGGGUCAAUGAAUAACGACACUGGCGACUUGCGGGAGCUUGUGCUGGAGCCCUAUAAUAUGCAGUUGGGCGCCGCCGUCAUAAAUUCGAUCUCUCGCAAGAAUCCAGCCACACCUCCACCAUCCCAGUUGGCUGUGAAUGAGGCGUACACGGCGCAGUGCCCCAUGGUGAUGUUUGGAAAAAGUUUGUACGUUGCUGCCCCAGAUUGCAGCGACGACCUCAGCACCAGCAUGGGCACAUGGCAAGAUCAGGCGAAGAGCAGGACGAUCAUGCGUUGGCAGGGCAAUGGCGCUGGAGGCGUCCGCUUCAAUGUGGACUCGAAAGUAAGUGGUGACGGCUCUGUGCGCUUCGCCGAAAUUAGCGAACUCAUGACUCUGAACAAGUACUUGUUCUCUCUCACGAAUUGCCUGGGUACACCGAGCUUCAUGGUCGAGGAGUCGAUCAUCAAGGCCGAUAAGUUCGGCCGAGGCGCUACCACUGCAGCGGACCACGACCUUUCUGUCACCACACAGGCCUUUUUCUAUAAGUACAGCAUAAAGAACCCGAGUACUGGCGAGACGGUUGCAGAGACGAGCUUGUACCGGGCUGAUACGCACCAGGUCAACAUCACCGUCGUUCAAGAAGGCUCUCUGGAAGGAUCGGCGUCAGCAGUCGCGACGCGUGCAGGUGCUUGGGGAGUGACUGGGUGUUCCAAGCUUGCGAAAGGGUGGGACAUAUCUUUCCCCACAUCGGCGGCGGCUUUCGACACAGUGGCCACCGUCCAUGACCUGCGCGUCGCUUCUGCGGUGGUGGUCACGCUCAUGGCGUUUCGCGAUCAGGCCAUCGCGUCCGACGGACUUCAGCGGCUUGGCCAGGUGAGCAUGUUGACUUACAUAGUCAAGAGCGUCGUUAUGAUCUUCUUUGGUAUUCUCAUGCUCUACGUUCUCUGGGAGUACUGCCACAGCCGCGGAGUGGACAAGAAGCUGCGACGGGUCUUCUUCAAGCUCGAGGCCACACUCUUGCCACAAAGGCCCGUCGCAAGAGAGUGGGAUCUGCCGAUCAAGGCGACCUGGUGAUGAAACCGACAACCUGAAAGUGCCGCGUGACGGGAAGCGUGCAAGCCGAGCCAUUUCGAUGUGAAUUGGGGUACGUCUCAUUGCCGCCCAACAUUUCGGAUGCUAUCCACGCUUUGCGGUACCACGUCCAGACAGUUGGGGUUUCACAGAGCAGCCGAAGCUAAUUCGGCUCUCGUGGACCGACGAGAGGCCGCAUUGAGGCCGUCCUGGGCCCGUUUGGCUCUCUGGGGGCUUUUAUUCUUCUGAGCCUUCGCAGCUGUUUGGUAGCGUCCCCGCGGGAGUCUUUGGACAACCUUGAGCAGCCUAGACGCUGAGGCACGUUCUCCGAAGUUGGUAAUCCUUUGAGCUGUGGGCCCAGGUAGUAAACUGUAGAAGGGGCCUGGACUGUAGAGAGACAUGUUUUGUAGGCAGAGUGAGGAAGAAUAGUCCAA